AAUUAUCAAAAUAGCAACAGCGCUCUAGGACAAAUAUGGAGAAAAAUACACUUUGCUACGUAAAAGCAUCGCAUUUGGGAUAUUUUACUAUGGGAUUGCCCGGUCUUGCCACGUUUAUUGCGAUAGCUUACUCCAUAUUGUAUGACUUUAAGGGUUCUACCGCGACACACUGUAAUGUUCGCAACAUCCUUCCCACUGUGAGUGCAUGCAUCAGUCGCUGUCCACAGUGUUAUAUCUGGCGGAUCUUUAUCGCUCUGCAUGCAGCACCAAGGUUCAUGUUUGCAGCUGCCUGGUAUAAUUGGUACAUGCAGGUCCAAGUAGGUAAAAGCCAGGCUUUAUAUGGAUUGCUUGUGAAGAUAACAAUAGGCCUUCACGUGGUUGAGAAUCUCAUGCUGGUGACUUUAACCUGUGUGUCUUCACUUGAAAACAGAAAUAUCCAUGAAAACAGUUUUGUGCUGUUUAUGGCUUGUUCCUGGCUAGUGUUCCUACUUAGUAUAGUUCUCUCAAAAUGGGGCAACAGGACACAUCCUGAGGACAGGAAGUCUUACAUGCUCAAGAAGCUGUUUGCUGUGAUAAACAUUGCCAGUUUCUCACUGGCACUCUAUUCCUACUUCAGACACAACGCAUACUGUGAGCCCUAUGUGUACAGUUGGUUUGCGUUUUUCGAGUAUGUGACCAUCUACUCCAACAUUCUUUUCCACGGUACGGCCACGAUUGAUGUGCGGGAGUACUCUGCCGGUCUUGUUCUCACUGAUCUCCUGCGCAAGCAUAAAUAGUGACAUUCACUUGCAGUUCAUGGUUGAUACCUCUUUUAGAUAUGAAGUGAAUGCUAGAGGUCUCUUGAUUCUUAACCCUUA